GCCUGUGGUGUAUGGGGGGGGUACUUGGGCAGCAGGAGUAGGACAGCCGGACAAGCAGGCAGGCUGAACGGGGUACCAGCACCUCAACUUUUCUCCCUGGGAUACUGUCCAAACUCCAAAGGCCAUAAGCCAAGCUGAACGAUGGGUGCUGAGGAGGAAGUCCUGGUCACACUAUCAGGGGGAGCCCCCUGGGGUUUCCGACUUCAAGGGGGGGCUGAACAGAGGAAACCCUUACAGGUGUCCAAGAUCCGAAGAAGGAGCCAGGCUGGCAGAGCAGGACUCCGAGAGAGGGACCAGCUCUUGGCGAUCAAUGGGGUUUCUUGUACCAGCCUCUCACACGCCAGUGCCAUGAGUCUCAUCGAUGCCUCAGGGACUCAGCUUGUCCUCAGUGUGCGCCGGAUUGCAGAUGAAGGGCCUGUGAGAUCUCCAUCUCCUAGGGAAUUUCAGACACUGUCACCCUUAUCUCCACUGAGUCCAGAGCCCCCUGGUGCUCCAGUAUCACAGUCCCUUCAGCCUGGGAGCCUUCUAUCACCCCCUGACAGUGAGGCUUAUUAUGGAGAGACAGACAGUGAUGUUGAUGGCCCUGCCACGCAGGAGAAGCCCCGCCGACCCCGCCGGCGAGGCCCUACAAGGCCCACACCUCCAGGAGCCCCACCGGAUGAGGUCUACCUGUCUGACAGCCCUGCAGAGCCAGCACCUGCCAUCCCUGGUCCUCCCAGCCAGGCUGACAGCCGUGUGAGCUCCCCAUCAUGGGAGGAAGGGGCAGCCCUUCAGCCACCCCCAGCCGAGGCACUGCUGUUACCCCAUGGUCCACUCCGGCCUGGCCCUCAUCUUAUCCCUAUGGUGGGACCUGUUCCCCACCCAGUGGCAGAAGAUCUUACUACUACCUACGCCCAGAAGGCCAAGCAAGCCAAAUUGCAACGUGCAGAGAGCCUCCAAGAAAAAAGUGUGAAGGAAGCAAAGACCAAAUGCAGGACUAUCGCAUCCCUGCUGACUGCGGCUCCCAACCCCCACUCCAAGGGGGUGCUUAUGUUUAAGAAACGGAGGCAGAGAGCUAAGAAGUACACUCUAGUGAGCUUCGGGGCUGCAGCCGGGACAGGCACCGAAGAGGAGGACGGUGUUCCCCCAACGAGUGAGUCCGAGUUGGACGAAGAGGCCUUCUCCGACGCGCGCAGUCUCACCAAUCAGUCUGACUGGGACAGCCCCUAUCUGGACAUGGAGCUGGCCAGGGUGGGCUCAGGCACAGCCGAGGGCCAGGGCGGGCAGCUGAGCGAAGUCUCUGGGAGAGGGGUCCAACUCUUUGAACAGCAGCGCCAGCGCGCAGCCUCCAGCACCCUGGAGUCGGCUCCUCUGGGCCAAGAAUCUGUGCUCAAUGGUCAGGGUCUACAGUCACCACCCCGGGCCCAGAGUGCUCCCCCGGAGGCGGCUGUGCUCCCACCCAGCCCUUUGCCGGCCCCUGUAGCCAGCCCCAGAACCUCCCUCCCAAGUGGUGGAGCCCCUUCCCCAGCUCCAAGCAUCUUCAACAGGUCAGCUAGGCCCUUUACACCGGGUUUACAAGGGCAGCGACCAGGUACCACCUCGGUGAUUUUCAGACCUCUCGCCCCCAAGAGGGCGAAUGAGAGUCUGGGGAGCUUCGGUCCCGCCCCAUCCCCCUUCCAGCCCUCUCCGCAAGAGUCUACGCCUCUGCAGAGCUUCACUACAGGGGUUUCCAGCCACCUGCCCUCCCCUGGCUCCCCCAGCAACCCACGGUCCUCGGGCUCUGUGACGGCCACCAGUUCCCUGUACAUCCCAGCCCCUAGUCGACCCGUUACACCGGGCGGAGCCCCAGAGCCCUCCGCGCCUCCUAGCGCAGCUGCCAUGACCUCCACCGCUUCAAUCUUUCUCUCGUCACCCCUGCGGCCCUCUGUGCGCCCGGAGGCACCCGCGCCGGGCCCCGCGGCCCGCGACCCCGCCAGCGCUCGUGAGCAGCGCAUCUCCGUGCCGGCUGCGCGCACUGGCAUCCUGCAGGAGGCCCGGCGCCGCGGGACCAGGAAGCAGAUGUUCCGCCAGGGGAAGGAGGAGCCGAAGAACUCGCCCAACCCCGAACUGUUGUCACUAGUGCAGAACCUGGAUGAAAAACCCCGGGCCGGGGUUGCUGAAUCUGGUCCUGAGGAGGACGCUUUGAGCCUCGGAGCCGAAGCUUGCAAUUUCAUGCAGCCACCAGGGGGCAGGAGUUACAAGACACUGCCUCACGUGACACCUAAAACCCCGCCUCCAAUGGCUCCCAAGACCCCGCCCCCCAUGACUCCUAAGACUCCACCCCCAGUGGCUCCUAAACCAGCAUCCCGAGGGCUGUUAGAUGGGAUAGUUAAUGGGGCGACCCCCUCGCCUGGAAUCUCUGAGCCACCAAGGCUGCAGGGCAGGGGUGGUGAGCUGUUUGCCAAGCGGCAGAGCCGUGCCGACAGGUAUGUGGUAGAAACUACACCAGGUCCUGGCUUUCGGCCCAGAAGUCCUUCUCCUACCCCCUCACUACCCCCUUCUUGGAAGUAUUCGCCCAACAUCCGUGCCCCACCUCCAAUUGCUUACAACCCACUACUCUCACCUUUUUUCCCCCAGGCUGCCCGAACUGUCCCUACCAAGGCCCAAACCCAGGGGCCUCGGGCAGCCCCCAAGCAGGGCAUCAAGGCCCUGGAUUUCAUGCGGCAUCAACCCUAUCAACUUAAAACCGCCAUGUUCUGUUUUGAUGAGAUUCCUCCAACUCCUGACCCCACCUCCUCGGGGGCCCCCAAAACUGCCCGAGUCCAGGAGAUCCGCCGAUUUUCCACUCCGGCGCCCCAGCCCACUACAGAGCUCCUGGCUCCCACUGUACUUGCGCCCCGAGCAGCCACCUCACUGGAUGAACCCAUCUGGAGGGCAGAGCUGGCCCCGGCCCCAGUUUUAAGCCCGACCUCUCCUCAAGAGUCUCCCAGAGGCUUUGGGGCCACACCUAGCUCCUGUGGUUUCCAGGUAGCCAGGCCACGAUUCUCAGCCACCAGAACAGGAUUGCAGGCUCAUGUGUGGAGGCCUGGGGCAGGGCACCGGUGAGUGGAGAAUGGGUCCCAGGACCAAGGAGAAAUGGGACAUCCAGUCUCCUGUGCUGCUUCUGUCCUAUUCUGUCCCUCUGCUUCCCUAUCCCUUCUCUUUCAGGCGCCGGGAGGCUAAAGUUCCUCCUGCCAGAGAUAGGUUUGAAAUUAGUGUCUCACCUCUCAGCUUCCUGCUCACUCUCUACCUCCCUGCUGCUUUCCAACCUACUGUCCCUACUUUGGUAUCUUUGUUUCUCUUUAUAUUCUCUUGCCUGGAUCUGUCUACAUUUCCUGGCCUCCCUCUACCUGUAUGCCUCUAUAAGCCUCUUUACAUUUGUGCCCUUUCUCUGUGGGCCUUCGGUGAGAAGCAUACAGAGUAGAGGUAACCACUGGGAACUUAGGCUGUAAGCUCACCACCAGGAAGACAGCAAAGGGAGGCUGAGCUGAUUCUUGUUUGCCCUAACCCUCUCCCUACUCUUCACUCUGCAGGCAUAUUUCCAGGGUGUGUAUGCCUAGGGUGUGUGUGUGAGUGCAAGUAUGAGCAAGUGUGUAUGAUGAGGAUCUGAUCUGAAAGAUACCCUUCUCUGACUGAAGCAAGAGUAAUAGGGGUAUAAAGGGUCUCAAUGCUGGGUCUCAACUUUACACUGGUAGAAGGGUCAGGUAUCCCCACAUGGAGUCUAGUGGGAGAACAGGCUUCCCUGGAGAACAGCUUGUCAGAGAGCAGUGUCUAUCAGAUAUGCAGGAUCUUGGGAACUAGUGUUGCGUGACAAGACUGAAGGACUGGGACUGGGGUGAAUUAUACCAGCUAUACCAGCAAGAGAACUAAGAAUUAUUCAAAUCCUCUAGAUUUCAGAAAGUUAACAAAUAGAGCUCUGUGCUGAGCAGCCCAAUCUCUCAAAGAUAUCAGAAACAAAAAGAAGAAAAGAAAAAGAAAAUUUCCUUCGGGAAUUAAUAAAUUAUUGGCUUCAUUGUUUUAUGAG